UAUUCAUUACCUUCCUUUUGACAUAAAAUUAAAGCUGAAAAAUAAUGGAGUCCUCCACUGAACUCAAAUGUAGAAAACCAUUUCUGAAACCAAUAGAAACAAAGAGAAAAACAAUAGAAGAGUUGGAAAUGGAAGUUGAAGAAGAAGAACCAUUGAGUCCCACAGCAAAAAUGUUCUUAAAUCCUAUAUUAAAUAUUCAUGUAAUGGCCAUUAUGUUUUGCAAAACUAGGAUUUCUCCACAGCCUACUAAAGACAAGUUGGUUCAUACUUUGCUUAAGCAUCCACGUUUCACUAGCGUCCUGGUGGUGGAUAAAGAAAAUGGAGGAGAAAUGAAAUGGGUACAAACAAAAGUUGAUUUAAACCAACAUAUUAUAAUACCAGAAGUGGAUGAAAGUAAGCUGGAAUUAUCACCAGAAAAAUACAUAGAAGAUUAUGUUCACAAUCUUACUAAAACAAGUCUUGACAAAUCAAAGCCACUAUGGGAAUUUCAUCUUUUAAAUAUUAAAACUCGUGAUGCUGAAGCUAUGAGCAUAUUUCGUGCACAUCAUUCUCUUGGUGAUGGCACCUCUUUAAUUUCUCUAUUAUUAGCUUGUACUCGUCAAACUGCUGAUGAACUCAAGCUUCCUACUAUUCCUACCAAGAAAAGAAGACCUACUUAUAACUCAGGUAUAUCAGAAGUGGAAGGAGGAUUAUUAGGGUUAUGGGGGUAUGUGUUAGCAGUUUGGAUUUUCAUAAGAAUGAUUGGGAAUACAAUAGUGGACAUUUUCAUGUUCAUAGCCACACUUGUAUUCUUGAAAGAUACAGAAACCCCUAUCAAUAAUUUGGCUGCAGAUUCCAAGUCUAAAAUUAGACGAAUAGUUCAUCGAACUAUCAGUUUGGAUGAUAUGAAGUUGGUCAAAAAUGCUUUGAACUUGACUGUAAAUGAUGUUGCCUUGGGAAUUACUCAAGCUGGUUUAUCUAAGUAUCUCAACAGGAGAUAUGCUGUUGGUAAGGAAGACAAGGGGGACACUGAGGAAAACAACAAUCUUCCCCUUGGUAUUCGACUUCGAUCUUGUCUUAUGAUCAACUUAAGAUCAACACCAGGAAUUCAGGAUUUAGCUGAUAUGAUGGAGAAGGAUAGCAAAGGGAAGUGGGGAGGUUGGGGAAAUUGGUUUGGUUGUGCUCUUUUACCCUUUAAGAUUGCACUACGUGAUGAUCCUUUAGAUUAUGUUAAAGAAGCUAAGGCAACCAUUGAUAGAAAGAAGAACUCAUUUGAAGCUUUGUACACUUUGGUCAUGGCAGAAUUAUUCAGCAAGAUAUUUGGCAUCAAGGCAGUGAGUGCUAUGACUCAUAGAGUAUUUUCAAGUGCAACAAUUUGCUUCACCAACUUGGUUGGACCACAGGAGGAAAUUGAGUUUUGUGGCCAUCCCCUAGCUUAUUUUGCUCCAACUUCUUAUGGCCAACCAAAUGCAUUGACAAUCAAUUUCCAAAGCUAUGUGAACAAGAUGAUUAUCGUCCUAUCAAUUGAUGAAAGUGCUAUUCCUGAUCCACAACAACUACUUGAUGAUUUUGAAGAUUCUAUGAAGCAAAUAAAAGAUGCUGUUAUCGAAAGAGGACUCGUCAAUAAUAGAAAUGACCAGGAAAUGCAAGAUAUAUGAGCAUUUAUACUAGAAAAAAAAGUUGUGCUUUUGCCCAUAAUUCACCACUUGUAACUAAUUCAGUUUACUGUCCUUUAUAUUUGUGAGAAGAGAUGUUAUAUAUAUCUGUGAACUUAAUCCAUCAUAAAAAUUGCUCGCG